AUGUCCCAAACCACAACCAAAAAAAUCAUCGUCAUAACCGGCGCAACAGGAACCCAAGGCUCCGCCGUCGCACACACCUUCCUCCCCCUCCCGACCUGGCACGUCCGCAUCAUAACCCGCGCCCCUUCUUCCCCCGCCGCGCAAGCCCUAGCCGCCGCCGGCGCAGAAGUGGUACAUGCCGACCUCUCCGACCUUGCUUCGCUCCGGGCCGCAUUCAAAGACGCCACAGCCCUCUUCCUCAACACCGAUUUCUGGGGCCCGUACCGCGCUACCCGGGACAGCACUGCAGCAUACGAAACUGAGAUUCUGCAUGGGCGGAAUGCAGCCAUCGCGGCGGGGGAGGUAGCGUCUUUAAAGAGGGUGGUGUAUUCCACGCUGCCCGGGAUGAAGGAGUUAUCUGGGGGGAAGUAUAUAUCUUCGUAUCACUGGGAUGCGAAGGCGGAGGUAGCCAAGAUUUUGGAAAGAGAGGAGGGGUUGAGAGGGAAGGUGUCGUUUUUGGUGAUGGGGGCGUACGCGACCAACCCGCUGUUUCUGCCGAGGGUUAAUGCUGCCGCUGGCGACGAGAAGAGAGUGUUGCGGUUUACUAUUCCCGGGAAGAAGACGCUGCGGAUGCCGAUCAUUGCGGCGGAGAGUUCGACGGGGGAGUUUGUUAGGGUGAUGGUUGAGAGUGAGGGCGAGAGUGAGAGUGGCAAGUGGGUGCUGGGGUGCGAUAGCUACCUGUCCAUGGAGGAGGUGGUCGAUGUGUGGAAGAGGGUGACGGGGUGGGAGGUUGAGGUUGAGGAGGCGGAGUUGCAGGAGAUGCAUGAGCGGUUCAAGCUCCCUUGGGAGGUACUGGAUGCGCCGGGCUUUAUUGCCGAGUUUGGGUACACGGGCUCGCUCGAGGUGACGAUGCCUGAGCAGCUGGGGAUACGGACAAAGUCAUUUGAGGAGUGGCUGGCGGGCAGGAACUGGGAGGAAAUGAUUAUAAAAGCGGAGGCGGAGCUAGCUAGUAUAUAA